AACAACAGCAAAAACCUAAAAAUGGCAUUCAAACUUUUCGUCCUUGCCGCCGCUUUGGCCUGCGCCAACGCUGGUCUUGCCCCAGUUGCCUACAGCCCCGCCUCCGCAGUAAGCUCAGCUUACAUCAACACCGUUGCCGCCCCCGUUGCCCAUGCUGCAUAUGCCGCCCCAGUUGCCCAUGCUGCUUACGCCGCUCCAGUUGCUCAUGCUGCUUACGCCGCCCCAGUCGCCGCCGUCCACGCCCCUCAUUAUGGCUCCUCCUCUCAAUCUGUUGUCCGCUCCCCAUUGGGCGGCACUGUUUCCCACUACAACAAAGCCGUUGACAGCGCUUUCUCCUCCGUCCGCAAAUACGACACACGUAUCACCAACGAUGCCUACGCCUACGCUCAUGCCCCAGUUGCUACCUACGCUCAUGCCGCCCCAGUAGCUACUUAUGCCGCCCCCGUGGUUGCUAAGACCGCCUAUGCUGCCCCAGUCGCUACUUAUGCUCAUGCUGCUCCAGUCGCCACCUAUGCUGCUGCUCCAGUUGUAGCUAAGGCAACUUAUGCUGCCGCCCCCGUUGCUCACUAUGGUGCCGCCCCAGUUGUCGCUAAGGCCGCUAUUGCCUACUCCCCAGCUGUUGCUGUCGCUCACAUGAGCUACAGCGGUCCAUUCGCCACCUACCAAUGGUAAAUUACUUAUACUGCGAGGUGUAUAUAGUAUAAGCAUCAUUAUUUAUUUCAAUAAAUUAUUUGCAACUU